AUGGGGAAUGUCUAUGAAGGCGUUGGCUACCGGGAUGCUUAUGGAGAGCAACCCAGAUGUCAGGGUCAUGGUAGGGAGGAAUCCCACGAAUACCGAAUGAAGAUUGAUCUCCCAUCAUUCAACGGGCAUCUUCAAAUUGAAGAUUUCUUAGAUUGGGUGAUGGAAGUAGAGAGGUUCUUUGAUUAUAUGAGUAUUCGCAAGGAUCGCAAGGUGAAGUUAGUGGCAUACAAGUUCAAGGGAGGAGCUUCUGCUUGGUGGGAAAAAUUACAGAUUUCUCGAGCCCGACAAGGGAAGGGACCUGUAACUUCAUGGUUGAAGAUGAAGCGGCUACUCAAAGCACGGUUUUUACCACCAGAUUUUGAGCAACGGCUAUUCCAACAAUACCAAGAGUGUCGACAAGGAGGUCAGACUGUCCAAGCGUAUGUUGAUGAUUUCUAUCGCCUAUCUGCUCGGAAUGAUCUCAUGGAGACAGAGGGUCAACAAGUUGCAAGGUUUAUUGGUGGACAGCCUGUGGCAAUACAAGAUAAGGUUUUUAUGCAUCCUAUCUUUACUUUGAAAGAGGCAGUUAGUUUGGCAACCUGA